GUCUAAAGAUAGUAAAUGAUAAGUAUGAAAGCUGCAACCAUAAAACAUACUUCAUGUGAGAAAGAUUUUGUUUUAAAGUCUAUUAAAAGCGGAAUACGAUUGGAUGGCAGACAAGCCUUUGAUUAUCGAAACAUAAGUAUACAGUUUGGUAUUGAUUAUGGUUGUUGUGAAGUCCAGUUAGGUGAAACAAGAGUACUUGCUCAAACAUCAUGUGAAUUAGUUAAACCUAUUGGCACAAGACCUACAGAAGGUCAACUUCAUUUAAAUGUUGAUUUAUCACCAAUGGCAUCACCAAGUUUUGAAACUGGAAGAAUGACAAGCCAGGGAUUAGAAAUUAAUCGUUUAAUAGAAAGGUGCAUCAAAGAAUCAAGAUGUAUCGAUGUUGAAUCUUUAUGCUUGAUAGCAGGAGAAAAGGUUUGGUCUAUUCGUGUGGAUAUUGUCGUAUUGAAUGAUUGUGGUAACAUAUUAGAUUGCUCUUGUAUUGCUGGUAUUGCAUCGCUUGCUCAUUUUAAGCAUCAUGAUGUUACAGUAACAGGCACUGAAGUUAUUAUUCACAAUUUCAAAGAAAAAGAUCCAAUCCCAUUAAAUGUUCAUCAUAUGCCUAUCAGUACAACAUUUGGUUUCAUUGAUGAUGGUGAACAGAUGAUUAUUGAUCCUGAAGAAAAAGAGGAGAGUAUUCUCUCUGGCAAGCUUAUAAUGGCAUUCAACAUUUAUGGUGAGGUCUGUUGCGCUCAAAUGAGUGGUGGAGUCUCUUUUGAUUAUGAACAGAUUUUACAAUGUGCAAAGAUUUCUUCAGUUAAGUCAUCAGAGAUAACUAACAUAAUAAAAACUGCUCUUGAUGAAGACAGAACAAGCAGAGCUCCUGUACCUUUGAAAAAACGUCCUGCAUUAAAAGAUCCACCAAAUCUCAUCACAAGAACUGUUGCAGAACCUACUCCUGUUGAUACUAUUUGCUUGAAAGAUGUAGAACCCAUUGUGGUUGAACAUUUUACUGAAAAAGCUGAAAGAUUGGGAUACGGUACUGCUUCCAUAGGAUCCGGUGGUGAAAGUUUAUGGGUAAUUAGCGAUGGAAGCGAUAAUGAAGAUAGUGUAAACCAGAUCGCAGCGAAUAAUGAAAUAAAUCUAAUAAAUCAUAAAGAAGAUAUCGUGGAUAGUGAGGAAGAAGAAGUUGCAAUUCUUGAUGCAGCUCAACUUGAAGGACAUUCAAAAAAAUCUGGUACUGAGAUUUUAAAUACUACUGACCUGACCACAGAUAUCUUGAACACAAACUCUAUCAUUAAUAAGACAAAUCGCAGUAUAAAUAAAAAGAAGAAAAAAAAGAAGAAAGUUGUUUUGUAGCUUUUGGUAUUAAUCGGGCUUUUUAAUCGUAUUAUUAAAAUGAUAAUUAUUAA